GGCAAACAAGCCAAACCUUAGUAAAUACGCCUUAUGGAAGAAGGCAGAAUUGCAGAGGCAUAUGAGAGAACGGGGAUUGCCAACUACCAUGGGGGUAGAAGAGUUAAGGGCGCUUGCAUAUGCCACAGAUAUUUUGAAAAUCCAGCCUGUACCGUCCAAGGAAGACGAAGAAAAAUCGAGUUUUUGGUUGUGGACACCUGAGGGCAGUAGUGGGCACAGUAAACUCCAGAUGAAGAGAUCAGACUCACCAGAACCCAGCUGUGUCUCCAUGAAGAGUGACUGGUCUAUGGAUUAUCCUUUGCACUUUAACACUGGAAACCCCUCAUCUGUCCACAGUAAACUCCAGAUGAAGCGAUCAGACUCACCAGAACCCAGCUGUGUCUCCAUGAAGAGUGAUUGGUCUAUGGAUUAUCCUUUGCACUUUAACAGUGGAAACCCCUCAUCUGUCCACAGUGUUUUACAGAAGGCAGGAGACAGAAGAGAAAAGAUCUUCAUCACAGAUGCAGGACACGCCCCAGAAUCUGCUGCUGGAAAUGAAGUCCAGAAAAAGUUCAAAUUAAACCUGAUGAAGAAGUUUCAGUGUUUAAAUGAAGUGAUAAUAAAGCAGGAAAACCGAGUGCUCCUGAAUGAGAUCUACACAGAGCUCUACAUCACAGAGGGAGACAGGGGAGACGUCAAUAAAGAACAUGAGGUGAGACAGAUCGAGGCAGCAUCCAGGAGAAAAAAAACAGAGGAAACACCAAUCAAAUGUAACGACAUCUUUAAGCCCUUAUCUGAAGAAGACGAACCCAUCAGAACUGUAGUGACAAAGGGAGUGGCUGGUAUCGGAAAAACAGUCUCUGUGCAGAAGUUCAUUGUGGACUGGGCUGAAGGGAAAGCAAAUCAGGAUGUCCCCCUCAUAUUUCCACUUCCUUUCAGAGAGCUGAAUCUGAUGAAGAACCAAAAACUGAGUCUGAUGGAGCUCCUUCAUGUCUGUUUCAAGGAAACCAAAGAAACAGAAAUGUCCGGGUUGGGAAAGGUUCUGUUAAUUUUUGAUGGAUUGGACGAGUGUCGUUUCCCUCUGGAUUUCCAGAACACAGUGAGAGUGUGUGAUGUCACUGAAUCAACAUCAGUGCAUGUGCUGCUGAUAAACCUGAUCAAAGGGAAUCUGCUUCCCUCUGCUCUCAUCUGGAUCACAUCCCGACCAGCAGCAGCUGAUCAAAUCCCCUCCGAGUACGUCCAUCGAGUCACAGAGGUACGAGGGUUCAGUGACCCACAGAAGGAGGAGUACUUCAGGAAGAGGGUCAGUGAUCAGAGCCUGGCCAAGAAGAUCAUCACACACCUGAAGUCAUUAAGAAGCCUCUACAUCAUGUGUCACAUCCCAGUCUUCUGCUGGAUUUCAGCCGCUGUUCUAGAGAGAAUGUUGGGUGAAGCAGAGAGUGGAGAGAUCCCCAAGACUCUGACUCAAAUGUACACACACUUCCUCAUCAUUCAGACAAACAUCAUCAGAGGAAAGUACUCAAAGAAGCAGGAGAGUGAUAAAGAAAUGCUUCUCAAACUGGGAAAACUGGCUUUUGAGCAGCUGGAGAAAGGCAACCUGAUCUUCUAUGAGGAAGACCUGAGAGAGUGUGGCAUUGAUGUGACAGAAGCAGCAGUGUACUCAGGUGUGUGUACGCAGAUCUUCAGAGAGGAGGUUGGGCUUCACCAGAGUAAAGUGUACUGCUUUGUUCAUCUGAGCAUUCAGGAGCAUCUCGCGGCUCUGUAUGUGCAUCUGACCUUCAUGAAGGAAAAGAGAAAUGUUCUUGUUCCGAGUCGGUCCAGUUUUUUGCAUUUUCUGUACUUUCAGACAAUUUCAGAUGUACACAGGAGUGCUGUAGAUCAGACCUUAAAAAGUCAGACUGGACAUCUGGAUCUGUUCCUCCGCUUUCUUCUGGGUCUCUCACUGAAGUCCAGUCAGAAACUCUUAUGUGCCUUAGUAACACAGACAGGAAGUAGCUCCCGGACAGGAAAGAGGAAAACAGUUCAGUACAUUCAGAAGAUGAUCAGUGAAAAUCUUCCUGCAGAAAAAUCCAUCAAUCUGUUCCACUGUCUGAAUGAACUGGGUGAUGAUUCUCUAGUGGAGGAAAUCCAACGCUACCUGAAAUCUGGAAAACAAAGUGAACUCUCUGCUUCACAGUGGUCUGCUCUAGUGUUUGUGUUACUGACUUCAGCACAGGAGCUGGAGGAGUUUGACCUGAGUAAAUAUACCAGUACAGAGAAGAUACCAGAUGAGGUUCUUGUGAAGGUGAUGCCUGUGAUUGCAGCAUCCAGAAAAGCAAUGAUCAGUUGUGAUACAAUUGAAGGGAGAAGCGCUGAAGCUCUGGUCUCAGUGCUCAACUCAGAAACCUCCAGUCUGAGAGAACUGCAUCUGACUGUGAAGACACUGGAUCUGACUGGGAAUAAACUAGAAGACUCAGGAGUGAAGCGUCUCUGUGCUGUACUGGAGAAUCCUCACUGUAAAGUGGAGACACUGAGGUUGUGUGGUUGUGGUGUCUCAGAUGAAGGCUGUGCUGCUCUGAGUUCAGCUCUGAGAUCAAACCCCUCACACCUGAGACAACUGGAUCUGUCCUUUAAUAAUCUGGGAGACUCAGGAGUGAAGCGUCUCUGUGCUGUACUGGAGAAUCCUCACUGUAAACUGGGGACACUGGGGUUGUGUGGUUGUGGUGUCUCAGAUGAAGGCUGUGCUGCUCUGAGUUCAGCUCUGAGAUCAAACCCCUCACACCUGAGACAACUGAAUCUGACUAAUAAUAAUCUGGGAGACUCAGGAGUGAAGUGUCUCUGUGCUGUACUGGAGAAUCCUCACUGUAAAGUGGAGACACUGGAUCUGACUGGGAAUAAACUAGAAAACUCAGGAGUGAAGCGUCUCUGUGCUGUACUGGAGAAUCCUCACUGUAAAGUGGAGACACUGAGGAUCAGUUGUGAUACAAUUAAAGGGGGAAGCGCUGAAGCUCUGGUCUCAGUGCUCAACUCAGAAACCUCCAGUCUGAGAGAACUGCAUCUGACUGUGAAGACACUGGAUCUGUCUGGCAAUAAACUAGAAGACUCAGGAGUGAAGUGUCUCUGUGCUCUACUGGAGAAUCCUCACUGUAAAGUGGAGACACUGGAUCUGUCUGGGAAUAAACUAGAAGACUCAGGAGUGAAGCGUCUCUGUGCUGUACUGGAGAAUCCUCACUGUAAAGUGGAGACACUGGUGUUGUGGCGUUGUGGUGUCUCAGAUGAAGGCUGUGCUGCUCUGAGUUCAGCUCUGAGAUCAAACCCCUCACAUCUGAGACAACUGGAUCUGACUAAUAAUAAUCUGGGAGACUCAGGAGUGAAGCGUCUCUGUGCUGUACUGAGGAAUCCUCACUGUAAACUGGAGAAACUGGGGUUGUGUGGUUGUGGUGUCUCAGAUGAAGGCUGUGCUGCUCUGAGUUCAGCUCUGAGAUCAAACCCCUCACACCUGAGACAACUGGAUCUGUCGAAGAAUAAUCUGGGAGACUCAGGAGUGAAGCGUCUCUGUGCUGUACUGGAGAAUCCUCACUGUAAACUGGAGACACUGGGGUUGUGGGGUUGUGGUGUCUCAGAUGAAGGCUGUGCUGCUCUGAGUUCAGCUCUGAGAUCAAACCCCUCACACCUGAGAGAACUGGAUCUGACUAAUAAUAAUCUGGGAGACUCAGGAGUGAAGCGUCUCUGUGCUGUACUGGAGAAUCCUCACUGUAAACUGGAGAAACUGGGUUUGUGGGGUUGUGGUGUCUCAGAUGAAGGCUGUGCUGCUCUGAGUUCAGCUCUGAGAUCAAACCCCUCACACCUGAGACAACUGAAUCUGUCCUAUAAUAAUCUGGGAGACUCAGGAGUGAAGCGUCUCUGUGCUGUACUGGAGAAUCCUCACUGUAAACUGGAGACACUGAGGUUGUGUGGUUGUGGUGUCUCAGAUGAAGGCUGUGCUGCUCUGAGUUCAGCUUUGAGAUCAAACCCCUCACACCUGAGAGACCUGAAUCUGUCCUUUAAUAAUCUGGGAGACUCAGGAGUGAAGCGUCUCUGUGCUGUACUGGAGAAUCCUCACUGUAAACUGGAGACACUGGGGAUCAGUUGUGAUACAAUUAAAUGGAGAAGCGCUAAAGCUCUGGUCUCAGUGCUCAACUCAGAAACCUCCAGUCUGAGAGAACUGCAUCUGACUGUGAAGACACUGGAUCUGUCUGGGAAUAAACUAGAAGACUCAGGAGUGAAGCGUCUCUGUGCUGUACUGGAGAAUCCUCACUGUAAAGUGGAGACACUGAAGUUGUGGGGUUGUGGUGUCUCAGAUGAAGGCUGUGCUGCUCUGAGUUCAGCUCUGAGAUCAAACCCCUCACACCUGAGACAACUGAAUCUGAUGAAUAAUAAUCUGGGAGACUCAGGAGUGAAGCGUCUCUGUGCUGUACUGGAGAAUCCUCACUGUAAACUGGAGAAACUGGUGUUGUGGGGUUGUGGUGUCUCAGAUGAAGGCUGUGCUGCUCUGAGUUCAGCUCUGAGAUCAAACCCCUCACACCUGAGACAACUGGAUCUGUCUGAUAAUAAUCUGGGAGACUCAGGAGUGAAGCGUCUCUGUGCUGUACUGGAGAAUCCUCACUGUAAACUGGAGACACUGGGGUUGUGGGGUUGUGGUGUCUCAGAUGAAGGCUGUGCUGCUCUGAGUUCAGCUCUGAGAUCAAACCCCUCACACCUGAGACACCUGGAUCUGUCGAAAAAUAAUCUGGGAGACUCAGGAGUGAAGCGUCUCUGUGCUGGACUGGAGAAUCCUCACUGUAAACUGGAGACACUGGGGUUGUAUAAUUGUGGUGUCUCAGAUGAAAGCUGUGCUGCUCUCGCUUCAGCUCUGAGAUCAAAUCCCUCACACCUGAGAGUACUGAGUCUGUCUGGGAAUAAAAUAGGAGACUCAGGAAAGAAGCUGCUCUCUGCUCUUAAGGAUGAUAAACAUUACAAACUACAGACACUCGGGGUGUGAUGAACAUCUGUGUGCGAGAUGAAGACUCUGGUGUUCCUGCAUUUCCAUGUUGGGGAACAGACAGCACAUUCAUAAACACGUCAGUCAUUUAGUUCUAACAAAUGAAAGAGACUCGGAGACGUGGUCAGUGUGUGUUCAUGGUGCACAGUGAAUCAGACUGCACACAAUUCUACACUGAAUGUGGAACAACUUGUGAUCUGCAUGAAACUGCCUGGACCUCAGUCCCUUAAAAACCCUGAAAGAGCAGGUGAAAAAGCACAGGGACUCGAGCUGAACCCAGUCAGUGGAAGAGGGAGCUGAAAUGGACAGGAACAGUUUCAGGACAUUGGUGGGAUUCUCACCUGACAGGAUCAGCAUUUGGGGAGUUAAUCUGAGGAAGCCCCAAGGAGACUCACUACAAGGCACAUUUAUCACUUUGUCCUUUGGUUGGUAUUUAAUAUACACUCACUGAGCACUUUAUUAGGAACACCUGGACGGCCCCGCCUUGUUGAUGAGAGGGUUUACCAGAGAACGGCCAGACUGGUUUGAGCUGACAGAAAAGCUGCAGUAACUCAGAUAACCACUCUGUACAAUUGUGGUGAGCAGAAAAGCAUCUCAAAAUGCACAACACACUGAGGUGGAUGACCACGUCGGGUUCCACUUCUGUCAGCCAAGAACAGAAAGCUGAGGCUGCAGUGGGCACAGGAUCACCACAACUGGACAGGUGAAGAGUGAAAAAAUGUAGCCUGGUCUGAUGAACCUCGAUUUCUGCUGAGGCUCACAGAUGGUGGCGUCAGAAUUUGGCACCAACAGCAUGAAUUAGUGUUCCUAAUAAUGUGCUCUGUGACUGUAGAUUAGAUCUUUUUGUUACAGGAUCAGACCAAAGCUGUUCUUCAUUUUUUAAUAUCUGAUCCUGAUUUUUUUCUGUUAUCAGCUGAUCAAACCCGAUAUGGGAUCAGUGCCAUCACUUUUACUUAAAUCUGAACUAAUUACAGUAUGUUACGUAAUAGUAUCAGUCAAAUACAUUUUGAAGAACUAGUGUAAUUAUUUUGUCAUUUAAAAAUUGUUUAUGGAUUUAAAAUUUUUAUUUAA